UUUUAAAUCAAAUCUUCAUUUUUUCUCGGCCCAAGGAGCUCAUUUCAGCUUCAAAUUCAUUCCAAGUAGCAAUCCCGUUCUUCAUCUUCAAGCUCCCAAUUUUCAGCCACCGCCAUCUUCCUCGAAGCCGAGCCUUUCAGCCCUAGACCCGCGAGCUACUGACGACCGAAGCUCCCGAUUUUCCGGCGAGCACCUUCUGUCCGCGGCAGAAGCAUCACACCGAGAGCGAGCCGAGAGACCGAGAACCGCAUCCAAGGCCUUUGUGCCACCUGCCCGCAAGCUAGCCCAAACCGAGAGCUUCGCAGCACUCCCAGCCAACCGAGCCUCGCUCAUCCACCCGAGCUCUUUUUUUUCUUCCAUUUCGGAAAUACCGAAGAAAGAUUAAAGAGGCGUCGAGACCUCAUUCAGACGCAUGUUCUUUCUAGCAGUUCAAUCAGUAAGCUAUCGAGACUUUGAAUUACUCGGUCGAGUUUCCAUGAAUCCUUUGACGCUGGUGAAGCGCAUCCAGAAUAUUAACAAGAAAGAAGCUAGCCUGGGAAUAUCAGAAGAGGCAUCAUGGCAUGCUAAGUACAAAGAUUCGGCUUAUGUUUACGUUGGCGGCAUUCCAUUUGACCUAACCGAAGGCGAUCUGCUUGCUGUCUUUGCUCAGUAUGGAGAGAUUGUUGAUGUUAACUUAAUCAGAGACAAAGGUACUGGGAAAUCCAAAGGAUUUUGCUUUAUUGCUUAUGAGGACCAAAGAAGCACAAAUCUCGCAGUCGACAAUUUAAAUGGUGCUCAAAUUUUGGGCCGAAUAAUUAGGGUUGAUCAUGUGAGCAAAUACAAAAAGCUAGAAGAAGAGGACGAGGAGACUAAGCAGAGGAAGAGGGAGGAAAGAGGCGUCUGCCGUGCUUUUCAGAAAGGGGAAUGUAACCGUGGAGAUAGCUGCAGAUUUUCUCAUGAUCAGCAGAGAGCAGCUGAUACUGGAUGGGGUGCCGAGGAUGAUAGACAUUCAAGGUGGGUACAGGACAAGUUUGAGGGAAGAACCGGACAUUUUCGUCCAAAGGCAAUUGAAACUGCACAAGAUCGGCACCGUGAUAGUAAAAGGUCCAAACGGAAGGACUCCAUGGAAGAAGGUGAUUAUAGAAAUGAUAUGAGGUCAAGAAAGUACGAGUCUGAGUCAUAUCACAAAUAUGGCAGAGACAGUAGCAGUAGGUCGGGUCGUGACAGUCGAAACCAUCGUGUUCGUGCGAAAGAUGGACAUGAAUGAAUUACACAACAUUGCUCACAUUAGUU